CUUGAAAUGCAUUGUUUUUAUUCAAUCAUCAUAAUCUAGCUCUUUAUAUUUUAAAUGGUGACCAUACAGGACUUUCAGAAUCUGUGCUUCAGGAUAAUGUGCUAUUUUCAGUACAAGAAAGAUUUUGCAGGCACGUCGCUGACCAGCUGAUCGGAGACAACUCGACAAACAAAAUGAUAGGUUUAGAUUUUCAAGUCUUACUUUAUCUGUUUGGCGGUGCUGCCGCGGUGGCUACAUUAGCGCUGGUGGGUUUGAUAAUAGUGCGCCUGUCCUCAUCACCUCCCGACCUGUCCAGACAUGAGACAGAGAAGUACUUCUGUGAUCCGUCCAAACCUGGGGCCAAACUUCCCUUCCCCAGCAUACAUGACAAACCAACACUGGACCUGUCUGUUAUAGUGCCUUCUUAUAAUGAAGAAGAAAGAUUACCAGGGAUGCUGAAAGAAACAACUGAAUUCCUAGAAGACAGGCAGAAAAGGCAGCCAAGUUUCACCUAUGAAGUUAUAGUUGUUGAUGAUGGUAGUAAAGACAAAACAACUCAGGCUGGUCUGGAGUACAGCAGAAAGCUGGGAGUGGAGAAGGUCCGAGUUCUGACAUUCCACCAUAACAGAGGCAAGGGAGGGGCCAUCAGACUAGGCCUGUUCAGCGCUCGAGGUAAACAGCUCCUGUUUGCAGACGCAGACGCUGCCACCAAGUUUGCUGACCUGGAGAAUCUGGAAAAGCUCUUCAAAGAGAUCAACAAAGAGCCGCAUGGCAUGGCGAUAGUGUGUGGCUCCAGGGCACACCUCCAGGAUGAAGCGGUGGCUAGUCGCUCGUUAUUCCGUACCUUCCUGAUGCACGGCUUCCACUUCCUGGUGUGGUUCCUGUGUGUACGUGGCAUCAGGGAUACACAGUGCGGGUUCAAACUUCUGUCCAGAGAAGCUGCAAUACGAGUCUUCUCCAACCUCCAUGUGGAAAGAUGGGCCUUUGAUGUAGAGAUGCUGUACAUUGCCCAGUGCCUUGGGAUCCCGAUAGGAGAGGUGGCCGUCCACUGGACGGAGAUAGAUGGUAGGUUGUACCCUUGCAGUUCGUUAUACGUAUACUGUAAAUUGUUAAACUUUUGUAGUGGUUUAUCUUAGCACCUUCCUCUGGAC